AUGCAGAAAAGAAGCUUGUGGGAAAUCUCUAAGCUGUCGACAGCGGUCUUUACAGUCAUGUACCUCACCCUCUACUUCACGAAGAAAAACGGAGACCUGAACUCCACAGAGCGCAUUUUUGUUGGGGGCCUUACCGAGUUUAUCAAGGCAGUUGUAUGUUUUCUACUCGGGUACUGGUUCGAGGGGUACAAAACAACGGAGUACAUGCCAGAGUAUAUUAUCUCUGGGAUUCUUUCUUCGUUCCAGUCUUUUUCGUGGAUCUACUCUGGACAGAAGUUCACGAGCAUCAUCCUCCAGAUUCUUUCGCAGAGCAAGAUAUUCUUUGUGUACAUCAUGGCAACGGCUUUUCUCAAGAAAAAGUACACGAAGCUGCAGAGCUUUUCGCAGUGCACUUUGCUCCUGGGGAUAUUUGUUCCUUUUAUAGCCAAUAUGAUCUACAAGGGCGACAAACUAACUCUGGAUGUAAUAUCGUACUUUGACUAUGCAGUGGCUGCGUCUCUGCCGUUUGUUUCAGCAUGUUCUGGUAUAUACUUUGAGAAAUACGUCAUGCACAAAGUUGGCAGUAAGUGGAAGAACGCUGUGAACUAUUCCAUCACGAGUGCUGCUGUUUCCUUUUUGGGCUGUGUGAUUGCUUUUAUGAUAACGAAUGAGACGGUACGGUUUAGCCAUAUGAACAGUAUUCUUUUUAUCUCUUUCAUCAAGUCUCUUGACAGCCUUCUCUUUGGCUACAUUAUUCUGCACUACACAACUCUGAUGCGUGUCUUUAUCACUCUGGCUAUGGGCACGCUUAUAUCGAUUGUGUCUACUAUCCAAUUUAACGAAGAGAUGUCUAUUUCCAAGCUAGUAUCCAUUACCGUGACCGUAUCAAGCAUUGCGUUGUUCCAUCUUCCAUACUAUCUGCAGAGACAGCAGGCUUAG